AUGUUGAACAACUUGUGUCAUUUUUAUAGAGGGCGUACAGCUGGUAGAGUAAUCGAAAAUGCGCUUCAUAAUACACGGAUUUCAUUUGCCAAAAAACACCCUUUGCAAAUCAAAAAAGAAAACCUAGCCAAAAAGGUUGAGCGAUUAGCUGAAUUGGAGCGGUCCAGGCCUUCCUAUAUCAUAUCGAAGCCCACGCCCUUUUUUAACAGCUUACAUACACCAGAGAGUGCUUAUAACAGUAAUAUUACUGAAAAAAAUGAUAACAACAAGGGCCAUGAUUAUCAACAUUUUCUGACGAAUGACGAUGAACAAUUGCUCUUUAAAGACGCACCACGCCAAUACAUCAACGAGAACCAUUUAAGUGCAGUGGAGGGUAUGGAGCAAGCCCUUGUUCAAGAGGAGAGUAAAGUGAACAUGGUUAAGCGCAUGGUUGCACUUCAAAACGGAAAUGCCAAGGCUGUACAGUUAUGGAAUAUUCACAGAGCCAUAGAUUGGUUCAAGCGUAAAGAAGGUGAUACGGGAAGUCCUGAAGUGCAAGCAGCAAUUUUAACAGUGCGUAUCCAUAAUUUAAACAGCCAUUUACAACAGCAUAAAAAGGACAAACACAACUACCGACAAUUAAGACAUAUGGUACAUCAAAGAGCAAGAAUUCUGAAGUAUUUGAAAAGGAAGGAUGCAGACCGAUAUUACAAAUGUUUAGAAGAACUAGGCUUGGAAACAAGGGCUGUGGAGGGCGAAAUUACUAUUUGA